ACGCCGUAUCUUUACAUUAAAAAAGGCAGUUAAGAGUUAAAAUAAGAUUACUAGUAUUGCGUCCCAUCGUACCCGGUUCCUAGUAUUAGAGACAACGUCUAGGAUGUUAUGUUCCGCCCAUUUAUUUAUACUUCUGUUUUAUGUUGAUUGCCUUUCAAGCCGCUGAUAUUUCUAUGGCGGAAGAUAAGUUCGUUACACAUAGUAAACGCGGUCUUCAUUAUUAAGAAUUAGUGGUGUCUAUGUCCUCUUUAGCACUAUUCAGGUGUACUUUAAGAGGAUUUAGCAGUCAACUGACACGUGGAUUAAACAGAACCAGAUACCGAGAUCUGUCGACCUCACGCUGUCCGAAGAUUAAGAGCAACUGUGCACAGAAAAUUUACACGAAACUUUUCAGUCACCGACACUUCACGACAGAAGCCAAUAUGAAGAAAUUGCUUGUGGAUGUUGACUGUGGGGUGGAUGAUGCUCAGGCUCUUAUGAUGGCUUUGGCAGUGCCCGACGUGCAGAUCCUGGGCAUCACCUGCGUUCAUGGCAACACGAAAUUAGACAAUGUCUGCAAGAACGUCCUGCGUGUCCUGAAAGUGUGCAAGCGUCUAGAGAUUCCUGUGUUCCGAGGAGCAGCUAAAUCGCUCUUGGGGCAAAAAAUCAGUGCUGGAGACUUCCAUGGGAAAGAUGGGCUUGGGGAUGCCCCAGAUCCCGAAGCUCCUGGAUUGGUACUUGUCCAGGCAGAGGGCGCCGUGUCAGCCAUGAUCCGAAUAGUCAACGAGAAUCUUGGGGAGGUAUCUUUAGUGGCCACAGCUCCACUGACAAAUCUGGCAUUGGCAGUGAAACUUGACCCCUCAUUCCCCCAGAAACUCAGAGGCCUUUACAUUAUGGGUGGCAACACAGACUCUCGUGGGAACACCACUGUGUGUGGAGAGUACAACUUUGCAGCUGAUCCUGAAGCAGCUUACAUUGUUCUAAAUGAAUACCUCUGCCCAACUUACAUUGCAUGCUGGGAGUUUACCUGCCACAGUAAAUUACCCUGGGAGUUCUGUGAUGACUGGCUGGCCCAGGACACAGAUAAGGCUCGGUUUAUGAAGCAGAUUUUUAAGCACAGCAUGGAGUUGUACUACAGUGAAAGGAUUGAAAAGGAGCUGGUGGCAGGGCAGGGCUUCAUCUCCUGCGAUUCUUAUGCCAUGGCAGCAGCCAUAGAUGAAAAAUUUAUUAUUGAGACUGACCACAGAGCCAUAACUGUAGAGCUUGCAGGCAACUUUUGCAGAGGAAUGAUGGUUGUAGAUCACCUCGAGAUUUUGCAGAAAACCCACAAAGUUCACAUCUUGAAGAAGGUGGACUUGGAGAGGUUUAAAGUACUCAUGAUGAAUGCUUUAAAAUAA